AUGGCCCUAAGGCCCUUCCAUUACAACUUCUCGCGCGAUAGAUUGCUCCUUCUCCUCCGCUCUUCUCUUUCUCAUUCCUUUCCCUCUCGUCCUCUCCGCUCCCCCAACUCCCCCCUAACUUUUCCAUCCGCUUUCUCCUUCCGCCACUUCGCCGCCGCCCCUCUUGCUCGCUCUCCGCCGCCGCCGCCACUCGACGCCAUGGCGCAGAAGUUUGGAAAGUCCACGCGCCGCCCCGGCGCCUCCUCCAAGGCCAGGGUUUACGCCGAUGUGAACGUUGUUCGCCCUAAAGAAUAUUGGGACUACGAGUCCCUCAACGUCCAGUGGGGGGAGCAAGACGAUUACGAGGUGGUGAGAAAGGUUGGUAGGGGGAAAUACAGUGAGGUUUUCGAAGGCGUUCACUGCACAGAUGGUGAGAAAUGUAUCAUCAAGAUCCUGAAACCCGUGAAGAAGAAGAAGAUCAAGAGGGAAAUCAAAAUAUUACAGAAUCUUUGUGGAGGGCCUAAUAUCGUAAAGUUGCUUGACAUUGUUAGAGACCAGCAGUCGAAAACCCCAAGUCUUAUAUUUGAAUAUGUCAAUAACACUGAUUUUAAAGUGCUCUAUCCUACAUUGUCAGACUAUGAUAUACGAUAUUACAUUUAUGAACUUCUGAAGGCACUGGAUUAUUGCCAUUCACAAGGAAUCAUGCAUCGGGAUGUGAAACCACAUAAUGUAAUGAUUGAUCAUGAGCAGCGUAAACUUCGCCUUAUAGAUUGGGGCCUUGCAGAGUUCUAUCACCCUGGAAAAGAGUAUAAUGUUCGUGUGGCUUCAAGAUAUUUCAAAGGUCCUGAGCUUCUUGUCGAUCUUCAAGACUAUGAUUACUCUCUAGAUUUGUGGAGUCUUGGCUGUAUGUUUGCUGGGAUGAUAUUUCGUAAGGAGCCAUUCUUUUAUGGACAUGAUAACUAUGAUCAACUGGUCAAAAUAGCCAAGGUACUUGGGACAGAUGAAUUAAGUGCAUAUUUGGAUAAGUAUCGAAUAGAGUUGGACCCACAUCUUGCAGCACUUAUUGGGAGGCAUAGCCGUAAGCCAUGGGCAAAGUUCAUUAAUGUAGACAAUCAUCACUUGGCUGUUCCUGAGGCUGUUGACUUUGUUGACAAGUUAUUACGCUAUGAUCACCAAGAACGUCCCACCGCAAAAGAAGCCAUGGCCCAUCCAUACUUCAAUCCAGUUAGAAAUGCAGAAAGUAGCAGAACACGUACACACUGA